CAUUUUUUGGGUAUGCCUUUGCACUCCGUUGUUCAUCUCUUCUCUGUCUUUCUCUCAAUUUUCUCUCUCAUCUUCUCUCUCUCUAAAAUCUCAGAGCUCCGGAUUCUCACGCCGCUAUUGUCGUCUCCUCCUUCGAUUCCAGCUGUUAAAAGAAGAGUGUUAGUGAAAUAGUGCUCGAUCAGGGAAUGGCUGGGAUUGCUAGUGAGGAAUCUGGAGUGGGAAAGUCUGUGGAGGGAAGUUAUAGUGGACACCGUUGUCAAUCUGGGGAAGCGUUGGCAGAAUGGCGGUCUUCUGAGCAGGUUGAGAAUGGAAUACCGUCAACUUCACCCCCUUACUGGGACACCGACGAGGACGACGAUGAUGGUGGACCAAAACCAUCUGAGUUGUUUGAAAGACAUACUUGGAAGAUAGAAAAGUUUUCUCAGAUUACCAAAAGGGAACUUCGUAGUAGUACAUUUGAAGUUGGCAACUACAAGUGGUAUAUUUUAAUUUAUCCACAAGGUUGUGAUGUAUGCAAUCAUCUCUCUCUGUUUCUUUGUGUUUCUAAUCAUGACAAACUUCUUCCAGGAUGGAGUCAUUUUGCACAAUUUACAAUAGCUGUGGUCAACAAAGACCCUAAGAAAUCAAAAUAUUCAGAUACAUUGCACCGGUUUUGGAAGAAGGAGCAUGACUGGGGAUGGAAAAAGUUUAUGGAGAUUUCAAAGGUGUAUGAUGGCUUUGUUGACACUUCUGACAAUCUCAUAAUAAAAGCUCAAGUUCAAGUCAUUAGGGAAAGAGCUGACAGGCCUUUUCGUUGCCUUGAUUGUCAGUAUAGGAGAGAACUUGUUAGGGUAUAUUUGACAAAUGUAGAACAAAUUUGCCGGCGAUUUGUGGAGGAGAGAAGAAUCAAGCUUGGGAAGCUGAUAGAGGAUGAAUCUAGGUGGUCAAGCUUCUGUACUUUUUGGCGAGAAAUUGAUCAAACUUCUAGGCGUCGCAUGUCUAGGGAAAAAACAGAUGUAAUUUUGAAAGUAGUAGUGAAACACUUCUUUAUAGAGAAAGAAGUGACCUCUACUUUGGUAAUGGACUCAUUAUAUAGUGGAUUGAAGGCUCUUGAAGGCCACACUAAGAGCAAGAAAGGUAGGAUAAAAUUGUUGGAUGCUGAAGAAAUGCCUGCUCCAAUUGUUCGUGCUGAGAAAGAUAUGUUUGUACUGGUGGAUGAUGUUCUGUUGUUACUUGAGAGGGCAGCUAUAGAACCUCUCCCUCCAAAAGAUGAGAAGGGUCCUCAAAAUCGCACAAAGGAUGGAAACUCUGGGGAGGACUUCAACAAAGAUUCUAUAGAGCGCGAUGAAAGGCGUCUCACAGAAUUGGGUCGCAGGACUUUGGAAAUAUUUGUCCUUGCUCAUAUAUUCAGCCAUAAAAUUGAGGUCUCUUACCAGGAAGCUGUUGCUCUGAAGAGACAAGAAGAGCUCAUUCGUGAAGAAGAGGAAGCAUGCAUGGCUGAAACUGAACAGAAAGCAAAACGUGGAGUUAGUGAGAGGGAAAAGAAGGCAAAGAAGAAACAGGCCAAACAGAAACGGAACAAUCGAAAAGGAAAGGAUAAGGGUAGGGAGGAGAGGCCUACUGUGGCUGUAUAUGACAAUCAGCAAGACAAUGCUUCUGGUGAGAAAAAGGAUUCUAACAUGGAUGAAGGUCAAACUAUGGUUGAAAAGCUUGAUGCCCUGGAAAUUGUUUCUGAUGUGUCUGAUUCUGUGGUUGGAGUUGACGAAGUUCUUCCGCCUGAUUCAGAAGAAAGAGAUGCAAGUCCUAUUAAUUGGGAUACUGAUGCAUCAGAAGUUCAACCUUCAACUAAGGCUAGUAGUAACGGUAUAGGUGGUCUUGCACCUGUGCAAAAUGGAAUGGCUGAGAAAAAGAGCAGUUCAGUGAUAGAUGACAGUUCUUCGACAUGCUCUACUGAUUCGUUGCCUUCAGUGGUGAUGAAUGACCCCUACAAAGGGAACUCUUUUCCAAAAUACAAAGUUCAAAAGUCACCUAGCAGAGGUAAGAACCGAGUAAAAGCAUCAUGUGAUGGGAGUAAUUGGACCACUGAAAUGGACAGUCAGACCUCUGGUUCAGCUGCAGAUGCUGUUGAUAUUAAUAACCAGUCUGGAAGUGGUAAGGUUGGUGAAUCUGAGUCCGAGGGUGCAAUCUGCUUACAGGAUCGGUUGAAGUGGCUUGACCCACCUGUUGUUAGAAAGGAAGAGGAAGCCCUUUUACUACAAAAGAAACAGAGCAUUAAAGAGCAAGUUGACAUUGAAAAACCUGUUGAUAUUGGGGGUCCACAGAAAGAGAUCACAUCAGUACGGCCAUCCUCGCCUAGGAGUCCUCCUAGAAACUUACCCUCACCGGUUCAUGUCAGGAAAACAUCUUUUAGUGUCUCGCAGCAGUCCUCUGCAUCACAAGCAUCCAUUGUGCCUAGAACAGAAAUCCAGAAGACUUCACCUCCAAGACCGACUGAAAAACCUAUAGCACAAGCAGCUAUGAUGUCGAGGCCUUCCAGUGCUCCUCUGGUUCCUGGGGGUCCCAGGCCAACUGCUACCGUCUCUUUGGUUCAAACAGCUCCACCUCUUGCACGCUCAGUGAGUGCAACUGGUCGGUUGGGUCCUGAUCCUUCACCUGCUACACUUAGCUUUGUUCCUCAGUCAUACAGAAAUGCGAUGAUGGGGAAUCAUAUGGCCUCAACGGCGUCCAGUUUCACUCCUUCGAGCUCCAGUUCAGGAGUAAACCCAUCUUCAGGACAACAACCUUUAGUAUCAUCACCAAUGUUUCUAUCCCAGAGCUCUGACAGAAUGGAUUCUGUGGCUGGUCAGUCUAGUGUUCCUUUUGGUAUGAUUACUCGAGAUGUUCUGCAAAAUGGGCCCCAGUGGAUGGAGAGUUCUCAAAGGGAAGCCAGCAGAAACAUGCACUACGAACAAUCUUCCCGACUCAACGAUGUUCAAAACAUUGACUUAUUCAAGCCAGUAGACAGUAGCAGAUCUCUGGACCACACAUCAAAUGAGUUUCAAGCCUGCACCUCUAGGCGUCAGAACCAAGGGUUGUUGGUGGACGAGUUCCCACACCUUGAUAUCAUAAAUGAUCUGCUUGAUGAUGAGCAUGGUAUCGGGAAUGCAGCUGGGACAAGUUCAGUCUUCCAAUCCUUCAAUGACGGACCGCCAAUGCUAAAUCGACAGUUCACUUUUCCUGGAGACUUGGAUACAAAUGAUGAUUUGGGAUCGUCAACCAGUUCUUGUAGGUUUGAGAGAUCACGAAGUUACCAUGAUCCCGGGUUUCAACAAGGGUAUAGUUCCUCUGGUGGGCAUUUCGACUCAAUGAGGGAUUAUCAUCCACAGGCAAGUACACUAUCUUAUGGAAAUGGAAAGGUAGAUGGGUUGGUUCAGAACCAAUGGCAGAUGGCUGGUUCGGAUCUAUCGUAUCUCGGCAUGAGAAAUCCAGACAGUGAUGGUUAUCCGUACUAUCAAGAUUACUCGAAUUUGACAUGCGGUGUCAAUGGUUAUACUGUAUUCAGGCCUUCAAAUGGUCAGUAGAGGGAAAAAGAUGGCAAAGAUUUCCCACAAAUGUAAUAAUGUAUUCAAGGAAAUUGUUGGGUCUGUUUAAGAUUGGAGCGAGGUUGUAAUCCCUUGAUAAGAAAACAUUUUGUAAAGUGUUUCUGAGUAAUUUGGUUCUAGCUUUUCAUGAAUUUACACAUGCCAUGAACUUUUGAGAUUAAACUUGUUUCCUUGA